AUGAUAAAAAAUGCAUUCAUUUCCAUUUUUUCGCAAGAAGAAAAAGAAGAAAACAGGGGAUCCGUUGAAUUCCAAGUAUUGAGUUUCACCAAUAAAAUAAGAAGACUUACUUCACAUUUAGAAUUGCACAGAAAAGACUAUUUAUCUCAAAGGGGUCUACGUAAAAUGCUGGGAAAACGUCAACGGUUGCUGUCUUAUUUGUCAAAAAAAAAUAGAGUACGUUAUAAAUACUUAAUUAAUCAAUUGGGUAUUCGGGAAUCCAAAAUUCGUUAA